UCGUAGUGUCGUAUUUGCGUUGUGCCUCGAAUCACGAUACGUAGCGUGCACUGCUGUCGAUCGUAUAUACACAUCUACCGUUUGACAGUUCGAUUCUAACGCGGGUAAUAGGUGAUCGUUUAGUUCGUUCGCCGGGCGUUCGCUCGGAGUGGAAAGGUUUUUCGCAAUCGAAAACUCGCUUUCCGCUAAUAUGCCUUUAAUCGAGUUUUGGGGAACGGUCUGUGGGAAAGCGCUCUCGUAUCUGGAAGCGUUGGACACGUAGGUGUCACGAUGUGCACGAAAAGUAACGAAUCUAUGUCUACGUGCUUAGGGAUGGGAUACCUGCGUCCGUUGUGGAUGUCGCGGGGUUAAACUCUCGGCUCGUCAGACGAAUAGCUAGACACGUACCAUAGAAAGUAGAUAGCGCGAGAAGAAGAACGUGGGAGUGACAGGAACGGUGAGGAAGAACUCGAAAACUGUUCGACGGGGUUUUGAAAUCGAAGAAUCGCGAAAAAAAGACGGCCGAUCAAUGUCUUAUUUGUGAUGGGAGUGCCUGCGCGGGGAGCACUCGCGGCGAUCGUCGCCAUAAGCGCUUUCGCCGUCUAUCUGAACAGCCUUAAUUGUGGCUUCGUUUUCGAUGAUAUUUCAGCGAUUAAGGAUAAUCGGGACUUGAGGCCUCAUACACCCUUGAAAAAUGUUUUUUACAAUGAUUUCUGGGGUACUCCUAUGCACAAGGAGCAAUCGCACAAAUCGUACAGGCCAUUGUGUGUUCUCACAUUUCGAUGGAAUUACUUGAUUCAUCAAUUGGAUCCCAUGGGAUAUCACCUGCUUAACGUUGUCCUACACGUUGGAGUAUGCCUAUUAUAUUUCAGAACUUGCUUAAUGUUUCUAUCCGACUCUGCAACUUUUGUAUCGUCCCUUCUGUUCGCUGUUCAUCCUAUACAUACAGAAGCAGUUACAGGAGUAGUCGGAAGAGCGGAAACAUUGUCCUCUUUAUUUUAUCUAGCAGCUUUAAUCACAUAUACUAAAUGUUGCAGAAGUAGAAGGUCUACAGAAUGGAGAUCGUUGAUAUUAUCUAUGUUUUUUGUUUUUACUGCCAUGUUAUGCAAAGAACAAGGAAUAACGGCUACCGCAGUUUGCGUAUUGUAUGAGAUUUUUGUUGUGCAAAAGGUAAGAGCGAUGGAUAUUUUUCUGACGUUAAAGGGAGCUUUUGGUGGAAAGAAAAUAUCUCUUGCCUGGUCCAGCGAAGGUACAAAACGACUAACUGCCCUUACGCUCGUCACAUUUAGUUUACUUAUUCUCCGGUUACAUGUAAUGGGCUCAAAGUUACCUGUAUUCACCAGAUUUGACAAUCCUGCAUCGGUAGCACCAACGCCCGUAAGGCAGCUUACGUAUAAUUACCUCGCAGCAGUUAAUUUAAGACUGCUGUUUCUUCCAAGCGAUUUGUGCUGUGAUUGGACUAUGGGAACUAUACCAUUGCUAUACAGUUUUACAGACCCUCGCAAUUUCGCCACUGUAGCAACUCAUACGAUGGUGCUAGGAUUGUUGGCAACAGCAAUUUUAACACCUAAUAGACAAACUUCCGUCAUCCUCAUAAUGAGUUUGGCUAUGAUGAUACUACCAUUCUUACCUGCCUCGAACCUCUUCUUCCCGGUUGGAUUCGUUAUUGCUGAAAGAGUAUUGUAUGCUCCAUCGAUGGGAUUCUGUAUGCUCGUUGGAUACGGAUGGAGCAUUUUAUGCAACAAAAAGUUCAAGAAAUUAUCGCUAUUUUUACUAAUAACACUUCUGGCUGCUCACUCCACAAAAACUUUUAUGAGAAAUUAUGAUUGGUUGGAUGAAUACUCUAUAUUUAUGUCAGGAUUAAAAGUAAACGAUCGCAACGCCAAAUUAUUUAAUAACGUAGGCCAUGCCUUGGAGAGUCAAGGUCGAUUUAAAGAAGCACUGAACUUCUUUAACAUGGCCGUGCAAGUUCAAGGCGACGAUAUCGGUGCACACAUCAACGUAGGCAGAACAUACAAUCAUCUCAAAAUGUUUAAGGAAGCCGAAGAUGCAUACCUAAAAGCAAAAUCUUUGCUACCUAAAGCAAAACCCGGAGAAUCUUAUCAGGCGCGAAUAGCACCGAAUCACUUGAAUGUUUUUGUAAAUUUAGCGAAUUUAAUAGCAAAGAACGCAACUAGGUUAGAAGAAGCCGAUUUACUUUAUAGACAGGCCAUUAGUAUGCGUGCUGACUACACGCAAGCAUAUAUUAAUCGCGGUGAUGUCUUAGUUAAACUUAAUCGUACGAAAGAAGCUCAGGAAGUUUACGAGCGAGCCCUUUUUUACGAUAGUAACAAUCCUGAUAUCUACUACAAUCUGGGAGUUGUAUUCUUGGAACAGGGAAAGGCAUCGCAAGCUCUGGCAUAUUUGGAUAAAGCGUUAGAAUUCGAUCCGGAACACGAACAAGCAUUGUUAAAUUCAGCCAUAUUGCUUCAGGAAUUAGGACGCGCGGAAUUACGAAAAGUAGCCAGAGAAAGGCUUCUAAAACUUUUGAGAAAAGAUUCUAAUAACGAACGAGUACACUUCAAUCUUGGAAUGCUGGCUAUGGAUGACCAUGACAGCGGAAGCGCGGAACGUUGGUUUCGUAACGCGGUUGCUUUAAAAGAAGAUUUUCGAUCCGCGUUAUUCAACUUGGCUCUCUUACUGGCGGACGAGCAACGUCCUCUCGAAGCAGCACCUUUCUUGAACCAGUUAGUUAGAUUUCACCCGGACCACGUCAAAGGAUUAAUCCUUUUAGGAGAUAUCUAUAUUAAUAACAUAAAAGAUUUGGAUGCCGCUGAAAAUUGUUAUCGUAGAAUAUUGCAGUUGGAUCCAACAAAUAUCCAAGGUUUACAUAAUCUGUGUGUUGUAAUGGUGGAACGUGGCAAGUUAGGACUCGCUGCUCAAUGUUUAGAACGCGCAGCAGCAUUGGCACCUCAGCAGGAUUAUGUGCACAGACAUCUUGCCAUCGUAAAGGCUCGAAUCAAUCGAUUACCUCCGGAACAACGCGAUACAGAAAUCUUUGACGAUUCUUUCUGGCAGGUAAACCCGAAGGAAAGGAAUUUUAACAUGGGCGACAUUUCUAGCAGCAAUGGUGCUGGGAGUACCGUUGCCACAGGUGGUCCUGGAAACAUGGUUAACAGUGAUACCCAAUUUCUGGGACAAACGGACUCAGUUUUUUCCAAUCAUCACAAUCACAUAGGGAAUAAGAAAAGCAAUACGGACUCGCUGAAUAAUAAUAUAGUACAUCUGAAGGGUCCGUCGAAACAUGGAAGACUUCCAUUGAAUGACGCGAGAGCGGAAGUGAACAACAUAUACGACGAUAACGAAAAGUCUUUGAACCCAAGUUCAAGUUCGAAAGAUAUACAGGAACUCUCCUCUGAAAGAGACUUUACCAAGAGCAUGGGCGCGGACGCGACGGAAUUGACAAUCGACCGAGAACGUGCAACCAAAACAAUUCAUUCCGAGAAAUUUGGCGGAAAUCACGCUGGAACCACGCGUCAAACAAAAGACACAGCACUCUCAUAAUACUGACGUUAAAACCCGCCGAAUAUUGUAUAAAGUUAUAUUCUACGUAUAACGAAAGAGAUUGGUGGUACAGCCGUAUAGAGCUAAUAUGUGAAUAUAAAAUAAAUACAGAGUAUUGUUUUAUAUGCUGUACGAAUAGAACGUUUUGUAAAAUAUAUUUAAAAAAUGUGUAACUCUCUUUUUCUUUUUCUUUACGA